AUGGCGACCCUGGAGCCGUCCUCUCCCUUGUUCCUCCCCACCAGCUACAGCAAGAACAGCACCUACGACACCUACGUGGGCACGGGCUGGCUGAUCAAGGGCAUGGACCAGGGGCUGCUGGGCAUGUGCGCCGGGGAGAAGAGGAGCAUCAUCAUCCCUCCGUUCCUUGCCUAUGGCGAGAAGGGCUACGGAACCGUGAUCCCGCCGCAGGCAUCGCUGGUGUUCAGCGUGCUGCUGGUGGACUUCCACAACCCCAAGGACAGUGUGUCCCUGGAGCACCUCGAGGUGCCCGAGUCCUGCAAGCGCCGGGCCGUGACCGGGGACUUCGUCCGCUACCACUACAAUGGCACACUGAUGGAUGGGACGCUCUUUGACUCCAGCUACUCCCGCAACCACACGUACAACACCUACAUCGGGAAGGGCUACAUCAUCCCCGGCAUGGACCAGGGCCUGCAGGGGGUCUGCAUGGGGGAGAGGCGGCGGGUGGUCGUCCCCCCACACCUGGCCUAUGGGGAGAACGGGGCAGGUAAAGCGCCAGGUCCGCU